AUGCCACCUAAACCCAGUAAGCCGAUCGCGUUAACGUUGGAACAGAGAGUAGACGUCAUUAAAAAAUCAGAGAAAGACAAACUGAGUGCUAGAAAAAUUGCUGAACAUUUCGGGGUGGGUAGAACUCAGAUUGAUGGCAUUUUAAAGAGAAAAGCGGAGGUGUUGGCAGAUUAUAUUAACAACCAGCCCUCUGACAGAAAAAGGCAGAGAAAACUUACAGGCAAUGAGGAUAUUAACAUGUUGGUUUGGAAAUGGUUCCAAGAUGCCACUGCUCGUAAAAUAAAUGUCAGCGGUCCACUGAUUAAGGAGAAGGCGUUGAAAUUUGCCGAAGAUUUGGGAAUAGCGAGUUUCAAAGCGUCAAAUGGGUGGCUGGAUUCAUUCAGGCAUAGACACAACAUCGUUGCAGGUACACUAAGUGGGGAGCGAGGUGAUGUAAGUGACACUGCAGUUGAGGACUGGAAGUCAAAGUUGCCAGUGGUGUGUGACGGGUAUGCUCCUAAGGACAUUUUCAAUAUGGACGAGACCGGUCUGUUUUACAGGGAUACAACAAAGGCAACCCUUAAAGUGAAAGUUGAUGAAUGUGCUGGCGAUUCUGCUUUCCCAGUUUACUGA